AGUCACGUCUAUUUAUUUACUCGAAAGAGAUAACGUAAAACAAAAGUUGUGAUAAUGGCUGGAGAAACUACCAAAAAGGGGGGCGCAAUAUGGCUGAAGAACAUCUCUGGUAUGACAGUUACUGAUGCAGAUAUGGAGGACAUUUCUAACCCCAGACUCGAGCUCGCAGUUCAUAUAGGCACUAAGACCAUUCAGAUGGGAGCUAUGAUGGGCAUGCUAGCAAUUGGGCCAAUCACACAGCUUGUCAGAGGACCUAGAACAAUGCAGGCGAUAGCAACUACUGCUCUUAAAUUUGGCACAAAUGGUGCAAUUAUCGGUGCAGUAGCUGGCCCUAUAAUAACAUAUGCGGCAUCGAGGAAAUUUGAAUAUGAAAAUUUUUACGACCGCUCUUACAGGAUUCGAUACAACAGGGGGCAAGUGAUUACAGACCGUAUGUGUUAUUUUGGUAUGGCUGUUGGUGCGGGGGCAGGAUAUGUAACAGGAUUUGGAAUACUUCCUUGUAUGGCACUAGGUAUUGUGGUUGGCACAGGAGGAAGUGUAUUUGCACCUGGUAGGAUGGGCAGUGACGAGGCUAAGCCUAAGAAGAAAUCUGCCUCAGAAGAAACCCAAGAAAGAAAGGAUGCAUAAAAUAAACCACAUACAUAGUGUCCAAAUGUCAAUUCAUGAAAGAAUUAAUUUUAAGGUUAAUGAACAUUUUGUGAGUGAAAAAUAUUGAUUUUUGAACAUGAGACAUGAAGCUAUCAAAAUCGUUUAUUAUUGUUAUACAGGGCGUAUCAGAAAAACGCAACAAGUAGUUAUCUCGUAAAAUCACAAAACUAGUGAUGACUACAUCAAUUUCAUUCAAUGUACCAUAAAGUCACGUCUCUCCUCUUUGCAAUGAUGUGUCAUUCAUUCACAUGUGGUAAUGGUUGGGUGAGAAAUCCU